AUGGUGAACAAGUUAAGGAAAGAUUGGUCCCUUAAGCUUGAUGACUCAUUAUGGGCCUUGAGAACGGCAUACAAAACCCCCAUUGGCACGACUCCGUAUCGUUUGGUCUAUGGUAAAGCUUUUCAUUUACCAGUUGAGUUGGAGCACAAGGCUUGGUGGGCUAUCAAAGAUCUCAACAUGGAUUUAUCAUUGGACGGAGAGAAGAGAUUGCUUAAGCUUAAUGAAUUGGAAGAGCUUAGAUAUGAUGCCUAUGAGAACUCAAAGCUAUAUAAGGAGAAGACUAAGAAGUGGCAAGACCAACACAUAAGGAACAAGAUUUUCAAGGUUGGAGACAAGGCGGGCGAUCAUAAGUUCAUGGUGAAUGGCCAUCGUUUGAAGCAUUAUCUUUGCAAGGAUGAAGUUGGUUUGAUCGAGUGCAUUCGGCUUGAUCCUAUGGAUCCUAAGCCACCCUCUUGA